CCGAAGGGCCGCGCGCCAUUUUGGCUCAAACUCCUUAAUAUUUUAUCCUAAUUAAAGUGUUUUUUAUACUAUAACAGUGUGUUUUUAUGCUAACAUAUUGUCGGGUAACACUGAACGUAUAUCGACUUAACAUUUGCUUUGCCUUCUUUUUACGUGGUGAAAGUUGUCAGCCAAAAGUCAUGGUUUAAAGAAAGCCCCAGCUGAGCCAACUCAUUUCUUUGCUAAGUUUUGGUUUGUUGUUGCUUGGUUUAUUUUUCACUUCGUGUGAUGGGAGGCUGCUCCGCUCCAAAUUGCUCCAAUUCAACUAGCAUAGGGAAGCAACUGUUUAGAUUCCCCAAAGACCCUGUGCGAAAGAAGAAAUGGGUUGUGAACUGCCGACGUGACUUUGAGCCCACUCCUCACUCCAGACUCUGUCAGGACCACUUUGAGGAGAGCCAGUUUGAAGAAAUAGCCAGGUCUCCAGCUGGUGGGAAAAAGCUGAAGCCCAAUGCUAUUCCCACUCUGUUCAAUGUGGGAGACCCUCCUUUCCCUGCAAUCACCUCUCCAUAUAUCCUGCUGCCACUAAAAUCUGAAGCAGUGGAAAAGGAUCUAAAUUUGGGCGAUCAUGGCUACGCCAGACGCAAUCCUUUGUCUGGCCUUGAAGAGGAGGAUGGAGAAAGAACAUCUGAAGACCACAACCCCUGCAUGCAGUGUCAUCUCCUCAAGAAAAAACUGGAGCAGGAGAUGCAGCACACCGCAAGACUACAAAGAGAGGCAGAAGAGAUGAAGAAGCGUCUGUAUCGGCUCGAUCGCAUUGAGAAGGGGCUCCAGAACUUUCUGUACGAGGACCAAAUCAGAGCGCUGUCCCUCACGAAGCGCUCGCGGCGCGCCGUCUGGUCGCCGGAGACGAUCCUGAAAGCCAGAAAGAUCCGGUGUGCCGUCGGAACAAAAGGCUACGAGUACCUGAGGGAGAUCGGGUACCCUCUGCCCUCGUACAGGACUCUGUGCAACCGUCUGGAGACGAAGAUCAUGGUGACGACUGACAUGAGCUGUGAGGAGCUGGCAGAGCUCGGCCUGGGGCUUAUGGCCACGUGCAACAGUCCUACAGAAGGGGUCGGGGACAAUGAUGAGGAAGAACUGAUGGGAGUUUUAUCCUGAUCCCAGUUACUUACACUGAUUCUGAACUGUUGUAGAUGGAGAAGUUGAGAGAUUACACUGCCCGUAAUUUAGAAAAGUUUUGCGGCACUGGUUUUAAAGUUUUCUGGCCUUCAGGUCACCUGGCUGUACCCACAUUUUACGUCCACUCAGGUGAUGCUUAAUGCACCGGGUUACACGUAGCCUGGAUUCACGUUCUGCUGCUUCCUGCUGUGAUGCUGGCAUGUUAUGGUAGCCUGGACGUGUGACGAGCAUGUGCACAAUAUAGCUCAUUCGUAUGCAUCAUGUAAAUGUGAGUGACGUUUGUUAAAAAAGACCUCUUUGCACAUAGCUUUGUGAAAUUGCUGCUUGUUUUUACCGUCAACUGUGACACAGCUGAGUCUUUCACUGGCCUUGUUCUAUACAUUUAAAAGAAUUAAGUGUAAUCCAAACAGAUAAAGAUGCUGCACAUUUGGGGUAAGAUAACCUUUUUAUUAGGAACAAAAGAGAUGAAUGAGGCAACCUUCAAAAAAAAAAGUUUGGUGAUCUGCUCAGCAUAUUUCAGCAUAUUUUGUGGAUUUUAGUAACAGUAGUUCUCAAAGAAAACUUGUCAAUUACACACAAAAAAACAUUUGGUUUGUCCAGUUUAACAAAUCAAAAUAUCCUCCAGUUUUCAGUAAUGCACUUUACAGUCAGACUAAAUUCAAUAUUUACACCUGAUCUCUCUUUAAAUCCUUAAAAACGCUGUGUAGAAUGUAGACACUUAGCUAUUGAUUAAUCAGAUUUUAUGUUGAACAUUGCAUGAUAGAAUUAGUCCUGCGUUAUAGGGAAGGGAUUGGGAUUAACAAAGUGUUCACCUCAUCCCAAACCUAUUCAAAUAUGUAUACUAAAUCAACAGAAUAUGGAUAUUUUAUUGCCUUUUUUAUUAUUGUUUCCUUUAUUUUAUUUUCUCUUAUUUUGUUUAGAUCAUGGGUGCCGAAGUCAAGUCCAAUAAAACAGCUCAGUUCCCACAUUA